UCCCCUGAUUUCAAAGACGCGACCUGGGACCAAGCGUCGCCAACGAUCAAGCAUACGCGAACCCGUUCUCACGGGAAACGAAUAUAAUUAUAAUCAUAAUUAUAAUUAUACCAAUACCAACACCAAAUCAUUAGGAUCUCAGAUAUACGAACUCGGCAGUCUGCUCUUUUACGCGGCUCAGCAUUCGCGGCAACAUGCCCGACAUAGAUCCCAUGCUUGAAAAGCAUGAUCCCGUGACAGAGGUAGAUGUCGAGCACGAUGUAGUGAUGCAGUCUUAUCCUUCACCUACCGUCGAGGGGCAAGACAGUGGUCCAUUCUACCACACGACGCCCCGCCAGGAACAUCAGCCUCCGACCGAUCUCGAUACCCAACACGAUGACGGUGGACAGCUUGCAGAACCUACCAGCCCACGUCAAGGCGGGCGAGGCACUAUCAGUAGCGCCGAAGAGUUGCAACUCGCUGCCCAGCUCAGCCAGGGCCUUACUCAUGGCAUGCCCAUGGGGGAUCUUAACGACGACCCGAACUUGCAGCAUGUCAUGACCCACGGUCUGGCACAGCAUGAACAGGAACUCCAGCAGCAUGAGGAGCAAAUGAACCAUGCCCACGAACAGUACCAUCACGAUGUCCAACAGCAGCAGCACGACAGCAUGCCUCAGCAGCACGAUGGGUUGCCACCCGUCAAUGAGCAUGAUCAUGAACAUAUGCAAGAGCAGAUGCAAGAACAGUUGCAAGAACAGAUGCAAGAACAGAUGCACGACCACAUGCCCGACCACGAGCAAGCAAUGGACCAUGCCCAGCACGAGCAGCACCUGCAGCACGAGCCGCAUCAUCAGGGUCAACAGCAACAGCAACAAGAUAUGCAACAUCAAUACUUGCCCGAUCAACACCAUCAGCAGCCACACCUGCAGCCUGCUGCCCCCAUGGACGCCAUGGCAUCGCCCUUCCAGAUGCAAGACAGCAAUGUCCCACCGAGGAAACGAUCCAAGGUAUCUCGUGCAUGUGAUGAAUGUAGGCGUAAAAAGGUCAAGUGCGACGCGCCAUCCGAGACUGGUGAGGAGCCCUGCUCAAAUUGCCGUCGCUCCAACAUGCGUUGUCUGUUCAGUCGCAUUCCUCAGAAGCGUGGACCCAGCAAGGGCUAUAUCAAAGAGCUGGCAGACCGUAUCCAUUCCAUCGAAGGAAAGCUGGCCAGUGAGGGGGCUAAUGCUGAACUGAAUGAGCUUCUGAACGGCGCGCGCAGAGAUUCGGGGGACCUGUUUACGCCGGCUGAUGCGAGUCGCAAGAGGCCAUAUUCCAGUAUCUCAGCUGGCGAAUACGAGACACCAACAUCAACGGGCCAGUUUGGUUCUGAGCCUAGGCAGAUACAACCAUACCAAACGACUCCAUCGGAUCGUUACAGGCCUCCGUAUUCUAUCAACGGGCUGGCCCCGACCCCUAUUGCCGCAAAGCAUGAUAACGAUACCCCUUCACGACCUGCCGCCGUCAUGGAUGGCAUGGGACUGGACUUGAACCAUAUCGACCAGGUUCAAGAAAUAGACGAGACGGCCUUUGCUGCAUACCUCACCCUGGUCCACCCCGUCUUUCCUGUGUUAGCAGCCAAUAAGUCGCGACUAGAGCAACAGCUGGCUCAAUGUCCCUCUACUCUACGUGAUGCUUUCACCACAGCACUGAACGGCACCAUUGAGUCUUUUCCCUCUUUCAAUGUGGACGGAGGUUUUCGUCAAAAUCUGACCGAUGCGUCCCGAUCGCUUACGGAGUGGAAGGCUAAUGCGUCGUCCAUGUCAAAUGUUGCUAGGCUCGUGCACCUACAGACGCUCAUCCUGAUUGCUAUCGCGUCUGAUCAUUGCGGCCCUGCAUCUCUGACAGGCGAGUCGGGCAGCCCGAACAAGUCUGGAGUUUUGGGAGAAGCGAUUGGGGUCGCCUAUUCAAUGCGAUUGCACGCCUCUCAAGCAAAUGCUGACCUAAGUGGUGAUUCGGAUGCUGAUGAGAACGUGGCGAUUCGAGCAUGGUGGACGUUGGUCAUGCUAGAUCGAUGGAACGCCAUUUCGACCGCUAGCCCCGUCUUUAUCCCCAAUGACAGUGUCGUCAUUUUGCCUGGUCUGAAAGACCUGCUCGGCGAGAACGUCUAUCAUCUCGCGCGUCUCUGUAACAUUCUCGGUCAUUUCGUUCCUGUAGCUCUUUUGCCUCCGCAGACGAUGACUCUUAAUUCGGGUGCAGGAUUGCAGAUAAGUUCCUUCUUAAACUUAUCCAUCGAGCUUUUCCGGGAAGUGCUACCACCAACUAUAACUCCUUCAACUCACCCGAUUCUACACCUGGUGUACUGGCAAAGCAGACUUCUCGCCUAUCUCUUCCAGACCAAUGCCAAGACCGGCGAUGUUAUGUGGCCGUGUAAGGAGCUUGUUAGCCUUCUGGUGGGAAAUCCCCAGAUGCUCAACCCUUUGAAUCACCACUUCUUCUGCCUGACGACACUGGCCCUGUUGGAGCUUACCAAGGUCGACUCGGAACGGGAGGCAGCCAAUGUUUUACUUAGAGAGCUGCUCGAAACUCAGGUGGCACCUUCUAAUUGGGAUAAUACCAUCAGGGACCGCAUCUCCGAAAGUCUUCGCCCCUCGACAGCGCAAGCAACAAUGGAAGCUACUGCAAGUCAGAGCCUUCAGCACCUAGCUGACUUGGCCACUGCUACGGAGAUGGACACUAAGCCAGACAAGGGCGAUACCAGUCUUCGGAUGAGCGACAGUUACGAGCACGUUGGGUUCGACCCAAGAGAACUGACCCGAACUGGCUACCUUAAUGCACUUGUCGCUCCACGCCUGGCUGUCGAAAGAUAACUCCUUAUUGUCACUCCUCAAAAUUGGAACCAGCCGAGGCUCUUGUUAAAAGUCGGAGAGGCUAGAUUAUGCAAGAGUACUCCCUUCUUUGCUGACGUCUAAUAUAAGUGAGGAGUCUGACAUAUCUGAGGAAGACUGAUCAGUGCAAAUAGAAAGAUAGCCUGAAAAAACUUCAUCGGCUCUCGAAGCGAUCGCUAUCAACACUUGUACCACCAAGUGCCUUCACUCAGGACAAUUCCAUGUAUAUUAAUGUACCCUACUCUUCAACAUUCAUCGACGGU